AUGGAUUCAACUACGCAUACGCUGCGAGCUUCUCCGGACAGCCAAUGGAUUGAACCGACCCCCGAGGGCAGUCCAGACCACAUCGAUAUCGACGAGGCUAUGUCCGCGGACAUCAAUGAAUUUUUCCAUACCAUCCACCCCAACUUCCUUAGUAUGGGCCCGGGGGGGUCUCAGGAACUUCCCAUUCCCGGCCAGGCUCAUGAUCAGACUUUCGACCCUCAGACUUUCGACCCCAUUGUCACCCCCACUGGCACCGUCACCAUGAGCGACUUGGCUGCUGCGUUUGAUGACUAUGUUUCGCGUAACAUCCUGGAGUUCUCUGCCGCCCCAACUUCUCCUUCAGCUCCUGGUCCUGUGCUCGGCCUGGAGUCCGGCUCUGAGACCCAUUUCAACGGUCCUCGAGCGCCUGUCCCUGUGGGUGACUAUGACGAGUUUAGUAACUACCUUAUCGCUAGCUUCAACGAGUGGUUGAAAGGGGAGGGGGUCGCUGAGGGUCCUAAUCAAGCGCCCAGCCUCGCCCGACUCUCAGAGGCGUAUCAAGCUUUCCAACAGCAAUUCUCCUCCAGGCGUUACAGCGAGAGUGAUUUGCACGCUUCAGAGGCCCCGCAAAUGGACGACAGCGCUGCUACCGCCGUUCAUCAGCAAGAGUUCGAAACUGCGUUUAGGAAUCAUCUGGAGCGCUUCAACUGGGACGAUGCCAUUGCUCAAGGCGGCGCUUGGCAACCUGAAUCUCCAGCCUCGAGCUCCGACUCCUCCGACCAAAAUCAAGCCUUCGAAUAG